AUGUCACGAAACACGAUUCCUGUCGUCAACAUAGCCCCAUCUCUCAAGCAGAUGGACGAUAUCGACAGCCAGAUCCGCGCCUGGUCCAGCGCCAUAGAAAGUCUGGAUGUUGAGUGCACUCGCCUAGUGGGGUGCGAUGACCAUGACCAAGCUUUGGCUGCUUUGGGCGAUGGCAGUGCGAACCGCGAUGCCUCACGAGAGAACGCUGAAGACUGUGGCGUUGCAAUCUCCCCAAGCUUAGCACAAGCUCUUGAACGCAAAUCUCGCGCCACAGCCAGUCUGAGGGUAAUGGGAAGAGAAGUGGACAGCCGCGUCAACCAGCUCAGGGCCAGAGCCAACAGCAUCUCGAGAGGCACUGUCCGUCAUCUCAGUGCUGUCUCCUUGCCGAAGGAGAUCUGGGAGAUGAUCCUGUCAUUCCUUCAACCAGAAAUUAAAAUGGGCUGGAUUUGCGCCCUUUAUAUUGAAUACGUUGCUGCGAAAGCGUUCCUCGACGAAACGCAUGCCCCGCCAGAAUCUGUAUCCACAAACGAUAAUAAUAUCUAUACUCUGGGCAAGAUCGGGAAACAUAAUACUGUGAUCGCCAUCCUCCCUCACGGAGAAUAUGGCAUAGCACCUGCUGCCAGCGUGGCACGAGACAUGCUCCAUAGCUUUCCUAAUAUUAGGAUUGGCUUGAUGGUUGGCAUUGGUGGCGGUGCGCCUAGCCCGAAGCAUGAUAUUCGUCUUGGGGAUAUCGUCGUCAGUGCUUCUGGAAAUGGAAAAUACGGCGGCGUAUUCAAUUUUGAUCACGGAAAGGUCAUACAGAACCAACGAUUCCAAGAGUCAGGAUUUCUCAAUCAACCGCCUACAAUUCUGCGAACAGCUAUUGUGGCACUUAGGGCUGAACAUAAGGUCGACGGGCAUCAGCUUGAACGAUCCAUCAACGAUAUUUUAGACAAAAAACCAAGAUUACGCAAAAACUAUAGACGGCCUCUGGGAAUCACUGAUCGACUGUACCAACCUACCGUGCUUCACCAGCCGGAUGACGCGCCCAACUGCGACCUUUGCGGCAACGACCCAUCGAGCCUCAAAUUCCGCGCCGAAAGGACCAACGACGAGGAUAAUCCGGCGAUCCACUACGGUCUUAUCGCAUCAUCGAACAAGCUAAUGAAGAACGCUAUAAUCCGUAAUGAGCUUGCGGAGAAAGGUGUCCUUUGCUUCGAAACAGAAGCAGCUGGCCUGGUGAACCACUUUCCGUGCCUGGUGAUCCGUGGCAUCUGCGACUAUGCCGAUACACAUAAGAACGACAAUUGGCAAGGCUACGCAGCGAUGGCGGCUGCUGCAUACGCUAAGGACCUUCUCAGUCAGAUCCAUCCGAAUAAGGCAGAAGCUGAGAAGAAGAUCAGUGAGGUUUUGUCUGACUUACAGAACGAGGUCACAGCUACAUCCAAAAAGGCUGACACAAUUAUUCGACACCAUCUAACCCAACAACACAAAGAGUUAUUAGAAUGGCUGACCCUGGCUGAUUAUAGUCUAUUCCAGUGCGACAACAUUGGGAGACGGCAGCCAGGAACUGGCCAAUGGCUUCUGAAUUCACCAGAAUUCUGCAACUGGCGGGAUAGCCCUAAUCAGACUCUCUUCUGUCCGGGUAUCCCAGGCGCUGGCAAAACAAUUCUCACCUCGAUCGUUAUCGACAGCUUGAAAACACAGUUUGUAGAUUACAGCAAUAUUGGUAUUGCAUAUGUUUAUUGCAACUUUCGGCGCCGAGAAGAGCAAACCGCCAGGGAGCUUCUGGCGAGCGUUCUAAAGCAACUUCUACAAGGUCUAAAAACUAUACCAGAAAGCGUUGAAUCACUCCACAGAGCGGGAUCACGGCUCUCGUUGGAGUCCAUCUCAAGUGCCCUCCUGUGGGUCGCUGAACGCUUUUCAAGAGUCUUCGUCCUCAUCGAUGCUCUCGAUGAGUGUCGCACAUCUGAUGGCACUCGGACAAGGUUUCUAAGCGAGAUCUUUGAUCUGCAAUCAAAGUGUCAAAUCAACAUCUUCGCCACUUCUAGGCCAAUACCCGAUGUCACACGUCUAUUUACGAAUUGUGCUUCUCUCGAAGUACGUGCUACAGACGAUGAUGUCCGCAUGUUCGUCCGCGGUCGAAUGCCGCAAUUGCCCGAGUUCUUCGGCCAACAAGGCCUUGAAGAAGAUAUUACAAGCCAAAUAGUACGCUCGGUGCAAGGAAUGUUCCUUCUGGCCCAGCUACAUCUUGACUCUCUACGUGACAAGACUUCAGUCGCCGCCGUCCGUAAGGCUCUUAAUCAACUACCAAGCGGCUCAGAUGCAUACUACCACGCAUACGAGAUAGCCAUGGAGCGAGUAAGGGGCCAGUUGCAAGGCCACAAAGACUUAGCUAUGCAAGUUCUGUCAUGGAUCACCUGCGCAAAGAGACCACUUACUGUUGAAGAGCUUCGGCACGCCCUUGCUGUCGAGGUGGGCACCGACGAGGUCGACAUGGCUGCGUUACAUGACACAAGUCUCAUGGUGCACGUUUGUAUUGGACUCGUCACGAUUGAUGAAAGUGACGGCAUUAUCCGACUAGCCCAUUACACGACACAGGAAUACUUUGAGAAGACGCAGACGACCUGGUUUCCGAAAGCUGAAAACUAUAUCACAACAACCUGUGUUACCUAUUUGAGUUUCCGGGCUUUUAAAAGCGGGUGUUGUGAAAUUGACGCAGACUUCAAAAAACGAGCUCCGCUGUAUCUCUACGCUGCAAACAACUGGGCUUUCCAUGCUCGAAAUGCCGCAACUAUCUGUGAAGGAGUCAUUGACUUUCUUGAGUCAGGUCCAAAUGUAGAAUCCUCAGCCCAAGUAUGUAUGAGACCCGAAUUGGCUAUAAUGUCAUUUGAGGAAGGUCGAAAUAUCCACAGAAGGGCAAGGGGGCUGCAUCUUGCAUCCUUCUUUGGGGCCACAGCAGAAGCACGAACUUUACUCCUUACGAACUAUGUGGAACUCAAGGAGGGCUACGGUCGAACAGCAAUAUUCUAUGCAGCUCGAACUGGUCAAGAGGCUGUUAUGAACCUGCUUCUCGACAGUGGUGCAAAGGCUGACUUGCAGGAUAAAGGAGGAAAUACUCCGCUGUCGUUAGCGGCUGCUUAUGGGCAAGAAGGGUGUGUGAAACUAUUGCUUGCAAACGGCGUCAAGACUGACACAGAGGAUGAUUUCCGGCGGACCCCACUGUGUUAUGCGUCUGAGAAGGGACAUGACCGUGUGAUUCGUCUACUUCUCGAGGCAGGUUCCAAUGUUAACUGGGAUGGAGAUGGUCCCUACACACCGCUAUGGUAUGCAGUCGCCAGGGAUCACAUCACCACGGUCCGGUUACUCCUAGAAAAUGGGGCUAGGGCCAACCCGGCGCUUAUGUAUGGGGGUGGACAAUCGCCGCUGUCGAGAGCAUGCAGAUGGGGGAAUCAGGCAAUGGUCCAGCUACUUCUCAAGUACGGCGCUCAAGUCGACUCGAACGAUGAUCAGGGCGAGACACCACUGGAAUAUGCAGCUUGUUAUCGCCACAUUCCCAUCCUUCUGCUACUUCUCCAUCAUAGCAAGAGUAUCGACUUGAAAGGUCUCCGCCGACAAACGCGGCAAUCGCGUGUUGCUAGACAUGGAGAUCCGGAAAUUAUCAAGAUUAUACUUGAGAAUAGCAAGAAGUUUCUCUUCAAAAGUAGCUUGAACCACGAUCCACUGGCAUGUGCAGUGGAUCGCGCUCUAGAGGAGGUGUCCGAUUGCCUGGCAAGAAGACGUAAGCCCAAUCGAGGCCCACCAAGCAAAGCUCCCUCUCUCGCCUUUUCCAACACUGUCCCAAAAGGAACAUUCAAGUGGAAAUCGCUCCUUACAGAUACCUUCACCACUCAAAAGGAAUUUUCAAGUCUCAAGCGGAUGCAUCAAGAUGAUGGUACAGUGCCUGCUGCCGUUCUUACUAAGACACAGCGGAUUUAG